UUGGCAUUUAAUGGCCGUAUUUUUUCAAUUUGCAUGGCUAUGAUGAUCGUGCGUCAAUUCAACGAAAAUCGAAAUGAAAAAGGAAAAAGAAACUAUCUGUCAUCUCUUCCCUUAUGUAUUGCUUCUUCUUCCUCUAUAAAAAACAUCACUUUCUUUUCAUCCUUACCUCACACUACACACUCCUCCUUCCUUCUCUCUUUCUUUCUUUCUCUCCUUCCCCUUUCUUCUUCUUAUGAUCUCUUUUCACUUUCUCCUCUAGACUGUUUAACAUUCUCAAGAAACACAAUCCAUGCAUCUUCUUUCUCUUCUAUCAAGAACUGAUCUGGGUUUUUCUUAUUUUCCCCAUUGUUAAUGUUUUAGCUCCAUGUUUCUUGUUUGAAGGUUGAAGUGACAUUACAACAAUCGUUACAUUUUGUUGCAUGCUUAUUUUGUUUAGGGUUACGUAUAAGUUUUAAUAAAAGCAUGCUCCCCAUGGAUGUUUCAAUGGCUCCGAUGAUCUUGUUAGCUAUAGUAGCUUAUUUCCUCUGGUGGAAAUUCAUCUCACGGCCACUCACUGGUCCACGUUUAUGGCCCUUAGUGGGUAGUCUUCCUGGUCUAAUCGAGAAUGCCAAUCGUAUGCAUGAUUGGAUUGCACACAAUCUCCAAUCCUCUGGUGGCACGUAUCAGACUUGUAUAUGCGCAAUUCCUUUUCUAGCGCAGAAGCAAGGUCUCGUGACAGUCACGUGCGACCCCAAGAAUCUAGAGCACAUCUUGAAGGCCAGGUUCGAUAAUUACCCCAAGGGUCCUACUUGGCAAUCUGUCUUUCACGAUUUGCUUGGUGAGGGCAUCUUCAACUCUGAUGGCGACACCUGGCUGUUCCAGCGCAAGACCGCCGCACUUGAAUUCACCACUCGGACUCUUCGCCAAGCCAUGGCUAGGUGGGUUAACCAAGCAAUUAAGCAUCGGUUUUGCCCGAUACUCAGGUGCGCUCAGCUACAGGCUCAGCCAGUUGAUCUUCAAGACUUGCUUCUUCGGCUCACUUUUGAUAACAUUUGCGGCUUGACCUUCGGUAAGGAUCCACAAACAUUGUCCCCGGACCUUCCGGAGAACGGCUUCGCGGUGUCGUUUGAUCGUGCCACUGAAGCCACUUUGCAACGCUUCAUUUUGCCAGAAGUAGUAUGGAAGUUGAAGAAAUGGUUUCGGCUUGGAAUGGAAGUCAGGUUAAGCCAGAGCCUUGAGCACAUUGAUGCGUACCUGUCGGGCAUCAUUAAUACACGUAAGCUUGAGUUGUUGAAUCAGAAAAAUGGAGUUGGCACUGGAAAGCCCCACGAUGACCUGUUAUCUAGAUUUAUCAAGAAAAAAGAAUCCUACUCGGAUAAGUUCCUUCAACACGUGGCACUAAACUUCAUCCUGGCUGGACGUGACACGUCAUCGGUCGCAUUGAGUUGGUUUUUCUGGUUGGUGAGUCAGAAUCCGAAAGUAGAAGAGAAAAUUCUGAUUGAAAUUUGUAUAGUUUUGAUGGAAACACGAGGCAACGACAUCUGCAAAUGGUUGGAAGAACCGUUAGUUUUUGAAGAAGUUGAUCGACUGAUAUACCUUAAGGCAGCAUUAUCAGAAACCUUAAGGCUAUACCCGUCAGUUCCACAAGACUCCAAGCACGUUGUCUCCGAUGACGUUUUGCCGAAUGGAACCCAUGUCCCCGCAGGAUCAUCAAUCACAUAUUCAAUAUAUUCAGUCGGCCGCAUGAAAUUUAUAUGGGGAGAUGAUUGCCUAGAAUUUAAACCAGAAAGAUGGUUAUCCUUAGAUGGCAAGAAAAUGGAGGUACAAGAUUCAUAUAAAUUUAUCGCCUUCAAUGCAGGUCCAAGAAUUUGCUUAGGUAAAGACUUAGCUUAUUUACAAAUGAAGUCUAUUUCGGCAGCGGUGUUACUCCGCCACCGGCUUUCAGUGGCGGCAGGCCACCGUGUGGAGCAGAAAAUGUCAUUGACAUUGUUUAUGAAGUAUGGAUUGAAGGUUAACGUGCACCCAAGGGACUUGAAGCCUCUAGUGGAGGUCAUAAACAAGAAAGGCAAUAUUAUUAAUGGCAACCGUGAAGGGAUUGAAUGGGUAGCUGCUGGUGCUUAAAUGAGUUUGGUCGAACACCUAUACAAUUUUAUAUAUAGUCUGUGAAGGUAGGUUUCACAAAUUUGAGAGUUACCAUUGGAGAUGCACAAGUUAUUAAUACUGAAGGGAUUUGUAUGGUAAACAUUCAAGUCCUUAUUUUGGAAUAAGUAUUUAUAUACAAUUUAUUAUAAAUGGGAAAGAUUCAUAUAUGAAAGUUGUGCAUGACAAGCUAUAGGUUUCUGCUUUGAUUAAUAUGAUGAUGAAUUGAUAAUGCUGAUAUUAUUUUGGGCAGUUUAUAUAUAUAUGCAUGCAUAUGAUAUCAAUAUUGUUACUUCAUGGAUUUAAUACCAAAUAAGAACCUUCUUUUCUUU